CUUGGACUGUGAAAUUGGAGAUAGAUUUAUUUUAAGCAGCUAAAACUCAGCAGCUAGAUCAAGAUGUAAGCCUCUUGUUUAACCAGAGUCCAGAGCAAGGGGGAGUUUGCUAGGCAGUUUGCUUUGAAAUUCUGUCUCAUAAUCCUUCAUUGUAAGCUUGCUGAGUAGAAAGAAGUUUUCAGGGAAAUGGGAACCCUUCUGGAUCAAGGAACAGCAAACAGGCCAGCUACAGAAAAGUUUGCUAGGGAAGGUCUGCUUGGAAAGAGGCAGGAAGUGAGAGGCAGCAGAUUAGAAGACCCAGGAAGAAAGCUGGAGAGUGGAGAGCCACUACCACUUCCAUGUCUGCCUCUGCUUGUACCUGUGUGUUGUCUGUCCAGGCACACCAUUGAGGUUUCCACCCAGGCCCUGGUUUGGUGCUGUGCAGACUGCAGCUUGCAGGUUUCUUCCAGUAUCAGCUGGGUCAGGGAGUGCCUGCAAUGUGAGGGGUGCCUUCUGAUGGUGUCUGUCAGGGAGCAGGCAGGAGAGCUAUAGGAGGAGGUAGCAAGGCUCUGAAGCAUCCUCUGCCAUGAGGACUUCAUCAGUUCCAUGCUGGAGGAAACCUCUAGGACUGUAGAAGAAGGACUGCCACAGGUGCUGCUAGAAAAGGAAGAGGGUAUGGAGUCUCAGGAAGGUGGAAGAUGGAACUUGUGACCUCUGGCAGCAAGAAGAAAUUGUCAUCCCCACCUGCAGUGGUUUGUCUAGAGAACACAUAUGGAGCACUAGCAACAGAGAAGGAAGAGAGUGUUCUGUUGGUGGAAGAAGCCAGGCCAGAAAUCCCCAAAGUGGGGAGAAUCAAGACCCCUGCCACUGUAGCGCAGCAAAAGGCAGUAAGUCUUGAAUUUAUUUUAAACAGAAGUAAGUUUAUUGAGUCUAUAUAUCUCUUUCUAAUAAAAUCCUAAUCUCAUCUAAUACUGAUAGAUACACACACUCAUUCUUACAUCACCAGAUUACACUGUCCUCAAUCGAUGGCCAGUCAAAUGAGGGUUCAGCUGCUUGAUAUUAGGAGAGGGGUUGCCAGCAUGUUUCUCCAAAGUACAAUCUGGUUCUGGUUGUUUUCUUGAUGUAAAAGGUUACCACCGUGAAGUCCUUUCUACAGAUUUUUAUCACAAUAGUGGCAAAUCACCAGUUGUGCAACUCUCCUUCAGUUGCUGGGCAGGUUCCUUUGUUCUCCAGUCACCACACAUCUUACAGCAGAUACCUAAGCCUUUCAAAAGGUUCUUACGUAAGCAGUGUAGAAAUGCAGAUGUUACCAUCCUGUUAUUAUCUGGCAGAAGUGUUUGCAGAAUCUUACGUCCUUGCAGCCUUUCUUCACCAGCUCAAACCCAUUUUUGUUUUUCACAGUCAAGCUCCGUUGUCCUACAGUACCCUUCCAUUGCCUUAUAGUACCCUUGGGAUUCACAUUUCCACUCGCACAACCAUUCAAACAACUCUUAAUAAUGUUAUAGAGCUCAGUAAGCGCAUUUGGAAAGCAUUCUCCUAUUAUACUCCUAACCCAAAGUAAAUACAAAAAGCAAAACACAUAUAUCUCUCUCUACACCACGAAGAGGAGGCAAUGGGUAGUGGUUGUUGAAAACUUCUGUGGGGGACAGAGGUACCCAUGUGCCAGUCUGACCUGUUGUCCUGGGAGGUCUCCUGUUUGCCUGGAGCCUGGACCUGAGAUAUAGAAGGAUUACUUAGACUUGUCUAAUCCUCUGACUAGUACCCCAUGCUGCUUAUCCAUGUGGACACCAGUGAUAUUGCCAGCAGUAACCCCGAGGAGAUCGAGCAAGCCUACAGAGCUCUGGGUGAAAGAGUGAAGGGGACAGGAGCAUAGGGGGUGUUUUCCUUGAUCCUUCCAGUCAAGGGAAAGGGCCUGGACAGGGGCGGAUGCAUCCUAGAGAUGAAUGCAUGGCUUCACAGGUGGUGUCACCACCGGGGAUUCAGCUUCUUUAACCAUAGGAUGUUGUUCCAAGAAGGAUUGGUAGGAAGAGAUAGGAUCCACCUGAUGGAGAGGGAAGAGCAUCUUCACAGACAGGCUUGCUAAUCUAGUGACAAAGGCUUUAAACUAGGUUCACUGGGGGAUAGAACCCAAAGCCCUGAGGUAAGUGGGGAAGCAGGAGACCUGGAGGAAUCACAUGGAGGAAGGGGCAACAGGGGAGGCCUCCUCAUUCUUGCUGAGAAAGUAAGACAAUUGGCUACUUACCUCAGGUGUCUGUACACAAACACAUGGAGCCUGGGAAAGAAGCAAGAAGAAUUGGGUGUCCUUGCACAGCCAAAACACCGACGUGACUGGAAUAACAGAGACUUGGUGGGAUAGCUCACAUGCCUGGAGCACUGUCAUGAAUGGGUACAAACUAUUCAAGAAGGACAGGCAGAGGAGAAGAGGAGGAGGAAUUGCACUGUCUGUAAAAGAGCUGUAUGAUCACUCAGAGCUCCAGAAACUGGAGAUAGGCUUGUUGAACAUCUCUGGGUUAAGGUUAGAGGGGAGAGGAACAAGGGUGAUGAUGUGGUAGGUAUCUGCUGUAGACCACCAAACCAGAAGGAUGAGGUUAGACGAGGCUUUCUUCAGACAACUAGCGGAAGUUUCCAGAUUACCGGCCUUGGUUCUCAUAGUAGACUUCAGUCACCCUGACAUCUGCUGAAAGAGCAAUACCUCAGUGCACAGGCAAUCAAGGAACUUUAUGGAGAGCAUUGGAGACAACUUCCUGGUGCAAGUGUUGGAGACCAACUAGGGUUGUCCUAUUCUUGAUCUGCUGCUUACAAACAGAGAAUUGGUGGGGGAUGUGUAGUAGUGGACAGCUAGUUGGGCAGCAGUGACCAUGAGAUGACUGAAUAAAGGAUCCUGACAAAAGGAAAAAAGGAAAAGAGCAGAGUAUGAACUCUGGACUUCAGAAAAGAAGACUGACUGCCUCAGGCAACUGAAGGGCAGGAUCCCCUGGGAGGCCAGUCUUAGAGGGAAAGGAGUCCAGGAGAGCUGGCUGUAUUUUAAUGAAACUCUGCAGUACAGUUUGGGGAGGAGGUGAGCAGCCCUCAGUAGUGAAAGAACAGGUUAGGGACGAUUUAGAAAAGCUGGAUGUGUACAAGUCCCUGGGACCAGAUGUGAUGCAUCCAAGGGUGCUGAGGGAGUUGGCUGAUGCGAUUGCAGAGCUGCUGGCUGUUAUUUUUGAAAACUCAUGGCAAUAGAAGGUGGUCUUGGACAAUGGAAAAGGGCAAAUAUAGUGCCCAUCUUUAAGAAAGGGAAGGAGGAGGAUCCUGGGAACUACAGACCUGCUUUUACUCCAUUCAUAUCCUUGGCAGAAUUGAAUUGAUCCAUCUGACAGCAAUCUUGUGCUUGGUUAUCUUGCAACUUAAUGUAGGCUUCCAGUGUGGUCAGACCUCAGUUGGAGUACUGCGUGCAAUUCUGGGCGCCACACUUCAAAAAGGAUGUGGAUAACCUGGAGAGGGUCCAGAGAAGGGCAACUCGUAUGGUCAAGGGCCUGCAGACCAAGCCCUUCGAGGAGAGACUAGAGAAACUGGACCUUUUCAGCCUCUGCAAGAGAAGGUUGAGAGGCGACCUUGUGGCUGCCUAUAAGUUCAUCACGGGGGCACAGAAGGGAAUUGGUGAGGUUUUAUUCACCAAGGUGCCCCCGGGGGUUACAAGAAACAAUGGCCACAAGCUAGCAGAGAGCAGAUUUAGACUGGACAUUAGGAAGAACUUCUUCACAGUUCGAGUGGCCAGGGUCUGGAACGGGCUCCCAAGGGAGGUGGUGCUCUCUCCUACCCUGGGGGUCUUCAAGAGGAGGUUAGAUAGGCAUCUAGCUGGGGUCAUCUAGACCCAGCACUCUUUCCUGCUUAUGCAGGGGGUCAGACUCGAUGAUUUAUUGAGGUCCCUUCCGACCCUAACAUCUAUGAAUCUAUGAGUAUCUGGUCCUAGAAAAAAAUCUCAGAAUUUCAACAGUCUAAGUCUGUGUCACUCCUUUUGAAAUAAGGAGUUCCCUUUUAAGGCCAAGGUUGCUUAAUGUAUUUGUAUCUGUAGUCUCCCUGACUUCAUGAGUGGCCACUUACACCUCCAAGUGUUGUCUGAGAUGUUUCUUGCAGGUUGUGUUAGAGGUCUGAUUGUGACACCACUAGGUUAUGAAGAAGUUCUUAACCAUCUAUGGCACAACAGCUUUCAUGUGUAAUUUAAGUGUAGCCAAUUAAACAGAUUCCAGUGGUGAAAUAGGAAUGGAGGUGAAUUAUUUCUGGCCCUUACCUUGUAACCUCAGUAUCAUAUUUUGUGCAUAGAAUGUGGUAAUAUCGAAUUUUUCCCCACCAGAGAGGCAGAGAUCCAGAACCAGGUAACCAGAAGCUGGCCAAUGACUGCUUUGUUGAGAGAGUUUGUUACUGAAAUUUUUUUAAAGGAAAAAAAACAACUUUCAGAUUCCAUGCUGGUACUUUCAUGCUGCAAAACCAAUAGACUAACCAUGAUAUGGAAAAGCAACAAUAAUUUGAUUAGGUAAUGUAAUACUUUCACUGUUAUAAAAUGAAUUUGUGGUAAAAACUCCAGUUAGCAUAAAGUAACAUUCUGUUUCACACUUAAUAUUUUGAGGCUUUGUUUUUUUUGAGGGUGAGGUUAUAGUUUAAAGGCAGUUUAAAUUGGUCCCUGUCCUGCAACAGAGGGUUUAGAUCUUUCCCAAAGUACACAGACUCUGAAAACAGACUUUUUCAGAAUAAUACAGAGAAACCAUAGAUUUUUUUUUUUUUAAGUAUAGUUAUAGGUAUGCAAAUGAAUGGGUUGCUGCUCAUGAUGUCACAAUUCCACUAUCCAACAAUGACCAUUUAUUACUAUUUUGAAAAGUCUAGCAUUUUAAAGGUAACUUUUUUCCCCAUCUUGCUUAUAUGAAACUCCAGGAAGUUAUCAAAGUGCAGGGGACAGAGGGAACUUGUCCUGUCUGUAUAGACUUCUAAUGUUUUAUUCUCUUCAGUUUCUCACAGUUACCAGAGUCUGGUCAUUUUUUCAUUGUUUUAUUGGAAUUGGAAUUGUUUGGCUGGGAGAGGAAUGAAGUUGGUUAGGACUGAUGCAUGGAGAAGAGAGACCAAAUCUUCCUUGAGUCUGUGUCUUGGUGUCUUUCUGGUGCUUAGCCUGCCUGGUUCUCAAGCCACUGUCUUUUGGGUUGCCCACCUAAAUAUUUCAUUUCAAGUAGGGAAUAAGACAGUUUGGGAACUAUCAGACAAUGGAGUAUUUGGAAGAAAUUCGCCACUGAAGAAGGUAUCUGGAGUAGUGGUGCCACCAGAGGGACCAAACCAAAAUGCCUGCAGCCCCUUCACAAGCUUCAAUAAGCCUGUCAGUGCAGAGACCUGGAUAGCCCUCAUUAUGAGAGGCCAUUGCACCUUCACAAACAAAAUAAAAGUGGCAGCAGGGAAGGGAGCAGUUGGUGUGAUCAUCUACAACUAUCCAGGGACAGGUAAUGGAAUGUUUCCUAUGAUUUCUCUGGGUGCAGAAGAUAUUGUUGCAGUUAUGAUUGGCAGCUUGAAAGGCCUGGACAUCUUACGCCUGAUUCAGAAUGGCGUCAGAGUAAUGGUAGAAAUAGAAGUAGGGAAACACUAUGGCUCCUGGUUCAAUCAUUAUUUGGGAUCCCUUGUCAUCUGUACAGUGGUCACAGUUGCCUAUUUUACCUUUUGCUGUGCUGGACGACUGAGAGCAGCAAGAACUCGGAUACAGAGAUGUCAACAAUUGAGAGAUGUCAAGAAAGCUAUUGGUAAUCUUGAGCUUCGCAUAUUAAAAGAGAGCGAUAAGGAAGCUGAUUCAGACGGAGAGAGCUGUGUUGUGUGUUUAGAAGCAUACAAGUCCAAAGAUGUUGUGCGCGUUUUGCAGUGCAGCCAUUUUUUCCAUGAGAAGUGCAUUGAUCCCUGGCUCCUACAGCACAGGACAUGCCCAGUCUGCAAAUGCAAUAUUCUCCAAACUAAAGUAAUGGAGGCGCCUGUUAAAAAUGAAGCAGAGCCUUUUUCAGCUGUAUUACCAAAUGAAGCUCCCAACAAUACUUCGCUUAAUGAAGAGGAUAACCAUAAUGAAUAUGUGCUAGUACGAGGUACAGAGAGACCAUCUGUAGAUGAAUAACUUUAAAAGCUGACAGUCAAACCCUUUUCUCAACUAUUCAUGUCUGCUCCAAUGUGAACACCCAGAGUGUAAAAUGUCAAAAUGAAACUUGUAUUCCUUAAAUAAAGUCCUAAAUUUGGUGGCAGACAAAAAUUUGAACUCUUCAUUUUUAGAACAAAUUGCCAAAGUUAAAUUUGAAUGUCUUUGAAAUACAUAACAGAUGAAUAUGAAUGAGCUUGGCAAGUAGUAGAUGAUACUGAAUGUGUUUUGUUCAACACUUUUUAUAUAACUUUAAUUAGAAUAUAGCAUCAUAUAAAUUUGUCUUGAAAAAGUAUUAAGUUAGUCAAUAAUUUACUGGUUAUGAAACUUUCAGACUUUGAGUUUAGUAUAACACAACUAUAUUCCUUCUUGUGCAGCUGUGUUUACAAAGUAGUACAGAUUUGCAUUUUAAAAUAUGGGUAUUGCCAUAUUUUGGUCAAAUUACAUCUGUCUGUCCAUGCAAAUACAUUAUCGUCUUCAGAUCAAUUUUUUGCAUGCGAUUUUUUUGGUUUAAGGUACAUUUCCUAUACUUAAUCUUCUUACCUGUUUGAGGCAGGGGAUUUGGGUAAAACCAGCAAAUGAGAGUAACAUCUGGAGAAUAUUCUAGCCUCUGCGUGGACCCAGCCAGCAUUUAAAGUACACCAUUUUUUCUUUCACUGCUUAUUCUUCAAGGACCCCAUCCUAGAGGGGAGAAGUAACAGAGUGUAGAGGAAGAACAUUCUUGGGACAGUCCCUGUACAAUCACUGAACUAUGACACGACUGGAAUAACAGAAACUUGGUGGGAUAGCUCAUGUGACUGGAGUACUGUUUGGAUGGGUACAAACUGUUCUGGAAGGACAGGCAGGGGAGAAGAGGAGGAGGAGUUACACUGUCUGUAAAAGAGCUGUAUGAACACUCAGAGCUCCAGAAACUAGAGAUAGGCCUGUUGAAAGUCUCUGGGUUGAGGUUAGAGGGGAGAGCAACAAGGGUGAUGAUGUGGGAGGUAUCUGCUAUAGAUCACAAGACCGGGAGGAUAAGGCUUUCUUCAGACAAGUAGCAGAAGUUUCCAGAUGACCAGCCCUGGUUCUCAUGGAGGGCUCCAGUCACACGGUCAUCUGCUGGGAGAGCCUUACAGCAGUGCAUAGGCAAUUUUAGGAAGUUUUUGGAGAGCAUUGCAGACAACUUCCUGAUGUAAGUGUUGGAGAGACCAAUAAGGUCUGUCUUCUUUUUGACCUGCUUCUCACAAACACGGAAGAAUUGGUCAGGGGUGUAGUAGUGGAUGGAAACUUGGGCAGCAGUGACCAUAAGAUAAUGGAGUGGAGGAUCCUGACAAAAGAAAGAAAGGAGAAUAGGAGAGUAUGGACCCUGGAUUUCAGAAAGGUAGGUUUUGAACUGAUGGGCAGGACCCCCUGGGAGGUCAUUGUGAGUGGGAGAGGAGUCCAGGAUUGCUGGCUGUACUUCAAAGAAGCCUUACUGAGAGUGCAGUAACAAAACAUCCCAAUAUGCAGGAAGACUAGCAAGUAUGACUGAAGACCAGCUUGGCUUACCAGGGAACUUUUCAGUAAACUAAAUCACAAAAAGCUUAUAAAAAAUGGAAACUUGAACAAAUAACUAGGGAAGAAUAGAAGAGCAUUACUUGGGCAUGUAGGGAUGAAGUCAGGAAGGCCAAAGCGCAAUUGGAGUUGCAGCUAGCAAGAGAUGUCAGUACCGAAAAGAAGGUCAGGGAAAGUAUGGGUCUUUUACUGAAUGGGGGCAACAGUCUUGUGACAGUAUGCAGAAAAACCUGAAGCCCUGAAUGACUUUUUUUGCCUCAGUCAUUACAGGUAAGCUCAGCUCCCAUACUACUGCACUGGGCAGCACAGUUUGGGGAGGAGGUAAGCAGAUUUCUGUGGUGAAAGAACAGGUUAGGGACUACUUAGAAAAGUUGGAUGUGUACAAGUCCACAAGGCCAGAUGGGACGCACCUGAGGGUGGUGAGGGAGUUUGAUGUGCUUGCAGAGCCAUUAGUCAUCAUCUUUGAAAACUCAUGGUGAUCAGGAGAAGUCCCAGAUGAUUGAAAAAGGGCAAACAUAGUGUCCAUAUUUAAGAAAGGAAAGAAGGAGGAUCCAGGGAACUACAGACUAGUCAGCCUCACCUCAGUCCCUGGAAAAAUUUCAUAGAUUUCAUUGACGUUAGGACGGUAAGGGACCUCCAGAAGAUCAUCGAGUCCAGCCCCCUGCCCAAGGGGCAGGAAGUCAGCUGGGGUCAUAGGAUCCCAGCAAGAUAAGCAUCCAAAUUUCUCUUGAAGGCAUUUAAUGUGGGUGCUUGAACCACCUCCAAUGGCAGGCUAUUCCAGACCUUGGGGGCUCAGACAGUAAAGAAAUUCUUCCUUAUGUCCAGCCUGAAACAGUCUUGCAGUAGUUUAUAACCAUUUGACCUUGUCAUCCCUUGAGGCACUCUAGUGAACAAACGCUCCCCCAGAUCCUGGUGAACAUCCCUGAUAAACUUAUAGGUGGCCACCAUAUUUCCCCUGAGCCUGCACUUUUCCAGGCUAAAGGGCCCCAUAGCUCUCAGCCUGUUGUUGUAAGGUCUGUUUUCCUGGCCUCUGAUCAUGUGCGUAGCUCUUCUCUGGAUUCUCUCAAGUUUCUCCACAGCCUUUUUGAAUUGUGGAGCCCAAAACUGGACGCAAUACUCGAGCUGCGGCCUCGCCAAGGCCAAAGUACAACGGGAGAAUGACGUCACGGGAUUUACAUGAGAGGCAUGUAUGGAUGCAAGCCAGCGUUUUGCUCGCUUUACUUGCUGCAUCACAUUGAAGGCUCAUGUUCAUCUUGUGGUCAAUGAUGACCCUCAAAUCCCUUUCAUCUGUAGUGCUAGCCAGCGUAACACUGCCGAGCCUAUAAGGAUGUUGCAGGUGUUUCCUCCCAGGGUGGAGAACCUCGCAUUUUUCGGCAUUAAACACCAUCAGGUUCUCAUCUGCCCAUUUCCUGAGCCUGUCAACAUCUGCCUAGAUCACCCUCCUCUCCUCAGGUGUGGAUAAUUUACCCCAGAGUUUGGUGUCGUCAGCGAACUUGGCCAGUCGGCUUCUG